AAAUUAAUGACUCAAAAAGCACCUCAAAGCUCCCCUUCAUCUUUGCCUAAAACACCCCAAAAUGUUCUCAAAGACGUUUCAAAUGGUGCUGAAGGCCAGUCUGAAGACUCUGAAAUCAUUUUUCAUUACAACAAGUCAAAGGCUGGGUUAGAAAAUGUUGAUACAAACAGGAUCAACAAUAUCAUCAUGGAAUGCAGCAAGGGCUCUGAAUAUCACAAAUCCGAACAGAAGAGACUCAAUGAAGUCAAGGAAAAGGUCACUCGAUACAAGCAGAAAGUGGCUAAGUACCAAGCUAAUUCCCGGCUGUGGGAGAAAGCCAAGAACGAGGUUUACAGAAGGAUUGAGCUAUAUAAAGCAAACCGUAAUUUCAAGAGAACAUGGAUCCAUGUCGACAUGGACAUGUUCUAUGCAGCAGUUGAGAUUAGGGACAACCCUCAUCUCGCUGAUAAGCCAGUGGCUGUUGGCGAUAAGUCUAUGAUCUCCACAACCAAUUAUGUAGCGAGGAAGUAUGGUGUCAGAUCUGGGAUCCCAAUCUUUAUUGGAAAGAAAUUAUGCCCAGAUCUGAUAAUCAUCAAGACAGAUUACGCUAAAUAUCAGAAAGUUUCCCAACAAUUUAAGAAAAUCUGUAGGGAAUUUGACGAAGAUCUCGAAUCAAAAGGUCUUGACGAAGUCAACCUCGAUGUCACUGGGUAUCUCCGGAGAAACGGAAUUGACCACGAGCUAGGCAGGAUCUUUGUAGCUGAAAAGAUCAGGAGGAAUAUUAAGGAAGAAUUAGACCUAACUUCUUCUUGAGGGAUCGCAUGCAAUAACAUGCUUUCAAAGAUAUGCUCAGAUGUACAAAAACCAAAUGGGAUUACAUACCUAGAAUUCAGUGAGAAAGAAAUCACUAAAUUUUUAAUGAAAUUGCCUAUAAGGAAAGUACCAGGCGUCGGAAAAGUCAAUGAACUUAUUCUAUCAGGCCUUGGCAUUAACACCUGCGAGGAAGUACUACAAAAGGGAGUAGAGGUGUUUAUUAACUUUACUGAAAAUAGCUUCGAGUUUCUUGCAAGAUGUGCAUUAGGAAUUUCACGAAACGUUCAUGAAAGAGAAUCUCAAAUCCAGAAGAGUUUAUCAGUCUCGAAUACUUUCAAGCCUGUUUCAGAGCUGCCACAGUUCAAAGACAAGUUGAUAAAGAUCAUCAAUGAAGUCGCUGAUAGAGUUAAGGAUAGGAAAAUAUGUGCAAGGACGAUUACCCUUGAACUCAAGAAUUUAGAGUAUAAGACUAUCAGGAGAUCCUUCACGACUGAGAGGAGCAUAUCUACUCAUCAGGAGCUGAUGAACCAUGCUAUAAAGUUACUUAUGGAAGCUUGGCCGAUGGAGCCAAUCAGACUUAUGGGAGUUAGGUUAAAUAAUUUAAGGAAGGUAGAGAAGAGGAAGAGAGAUAAUAAGUCUCACUGGAAAGAUAGAAAAUCAAAUGGGUAUAAUUGGAGCAGCUAUAAGCUAGAUAGGCCUACUCCUCCACCCAGAUUCCAAAAUAAUACUUUGACACCUGAGAGUUUUGGAAAAUAAUAUGGAGUGAAUUCUGUAUUAAAUAUUGACAAUAAAGGUUUUGAAAAUUCUAAU